AUGAACCAAACCACGGUGGCUGCCGGCGCCGGCGCAGUAAGUCCCACGGAUGCGAGGAAUCCAUCGUCACGACAAACGUUACCGUCGUCGCAGUUGCAGGACUCUCCGGCUCCUCAUCGUCGCACUAUUUCCGGCACGAGCCUGCUAUCCAAGCUUCCCUUUAUGCGGGCCUUAUCUGACGGGAAGCCACAUCAAGCAACCGACCAAGACACAUUACACUCUGUGCCGGCGUCCAUGUCGACUAGUAUGCAGCAGCAGCAGCAACAACAACAACAACAACAGCAGCAGCAGCAGCAGCAGCAGCAGCAGCAGCAGCAGAAGCCGAGGAAGAGAAAGGGCUCACUUAGGAAGGUGGCCUUGUUGGGGAGAGGCGCGCAGCGCGAACGUAGGGAAGCAAAGCAGCUUACCAUCGACACGUCGCAUAGUGUAACUCACGAUAUGGAAGUGGCAGGGCCCCGGUCCCGUCCUGCAACGGCCAGUACCACAACAAUCGACCAGGACCCUUUGGGGCUUAACAUUUCAGACUUAACACCUCGUCCUUCUAUGGACGGGUACGCGAGCAGGACCAGUCUUGUCGAGUCAUCCAUUUCCUCUGUGAGACCACACCAACCCACCGAUACCGAAUCGAUGAUCACGAGUCCUACGAUAUCAUACACGUCCACAACAGAUGAAGACGAUGUCCUACACAUACCAAACCAUAUUUCGUCGCCUCUACGGCCAGACCUAUCGCUCUCUUCAGGAUCUGAAUCGUACUUUGCGAACAGAGGACGGCGGUCCAUUCUACAAGCCAAGUCGCCGCUCUCUUACACUGGAUUGUCAAGCACGCCGCUGCCACCUACUGACGCGGAAUGGGACUACUCGGAGACGGAGUGGUGGGGUUGGGUUGUUUUGAUCGUUACGUGGAUCGUUUUUGUGGUUGGAAUGGGAUCGUGCCUGGGCAUCUGGAGCUGGGCAUGGGACGUUGGGACGACACCUUACGCUCCUCCUGAGCUCGAGGACGAUCCAACGUUACCUAUUGUUGGCUACUAUCCAGCCCUCAUCAUCCUCACCUGCAUCAUGGCUUGGGUGUGGGUGGUUGUGGCCUGGGUUGGAAUGAAGUAUUUUCGCCAUGCUAAGAUCAGCGGGGAUUGA